AUGGCUGGAGGUGAAAAGAUGACAUCUAUUGGCAGUGAUCCCUUGCCUGAACCUUACAUUUACAGAAGCAUAGUUGGAGUGCUUCAGUAUGUGACCAGCACCAGACCAGAGAUUUCAUAUGCAAAAACAUUCAAGAAGAUCCUUCGUUAUCUCAAAGGAACCUUAGACUAUGGCCUUACUCUCACUAAACCUUCUCACCUGAACAUCACUGGUUUUGCAGAUGCUGAUUGGACAUCUGGCCCAGAUGAUAGAAGGUCUAUUUCUGGGUUUUGCAUCUAUCUUGGUGAUAAUUUGAUUUCUUGGGGAUCUAGAAAACAAAGGACUGUUUCGAGGUCUAGUACUGAAGCUUAA